AUGGAAAAGUUUUCCUCAUCUCUUCCUGCGUUGAAAAUUCUUUAUGGUAGUGAAACAGGUAAUGCGCAAGAUGUUGCGGAAAUGUUAUGGAAUGAUGCACGAUAUCGUAAUAUCCCCGCUGAAGUGUAUAAUUUUGGAGAUUAUGCAGUGCAGAAUUUGAACAAUGAAUAUUGUGUGAUAUUUGUAGUCUCAACCAGUGGACAAGGUGAAAUGCCAGCUAGUUUACGUUACAAUUGGAGAAUUUUAUGUUGUAAAACGUUACCAAAAAAUUUGUUACAAAAUGUUCACUUAGCUGUCCUUGGACUUGGUGACUCAACUUAUCAAAAAUAUAACUUUGCCGGAAAGAAGCUAUAUCGAAGAUUAAGCCAAUUAGGCUGUUCAUUUUUGAUGAACUUAGCUUUAGCAGACGAUCAACAUGAAUUAGGAAUUGAAGGAACAUACGAGCCUUUUCGGAAUGAAUUAUUUCAACAAAUCUGGGAAAUGAGGUUGUAUCCGGGUAUGAUUUUGAAUCCUGAUGAUAGCAAAUGUUUACCAUCACGUUAUGAAGUCAGUUACGAUGAAAAUUCUUCACCACUUUACAGUGAUAGCAAAGAAAAUUCUUUCGUAGAAACAACAGUCGUAAAUAAUAAACGAUUAACAGCGGAAACUCAUUUUCAGACACAAUUAUUGCUCUCCCCUUGCAGUUAUUCUCCUGGUGAUGUGAUAAUGGUACAUCCGAACAACUUGAACGAAACACUUAGUAUAGCUUACGAAGCACUCAAUAUUGAUGAUGAUUUGCUGAAUCGUCCUAUUACAUUACGCUCACGUGAAACAUGUAUUUCACUGCCUCCUUCUUAUCUUUAUAAAGACAAACUAUCUUUACGGCAAUGUUUUGAAUGUUAUUUUGAUUUGCAAAUGGUUCCACGCAGAUCAUUUUUUCGGACACUUGGAAAGUUGUCGACAAUAAACGAUGAGAAAGAACGACUUCUUGAAUUAGCGAAAGAUAUUGAUGAUUACAUGGAUUAUUGUUGGCGACCUAGGCGAACAAUUGCAGAAACAUUGCGAGACUUUCAUGCGACAGCUCGAGAUAUACCUGUGGAAAUGCUUUUCGAAGUUUUUCCUCUAAUUCGUCCACGAGCAUUCAGUAUUGCUUCAUGUCCAUUAACACAUGCAGCUAUCCAGUUGCUUGUUGCCAAAGUGGAAUAUAUAUCGAAACGAAUAACGGCUACACGAUUAGGUUUAUGUAGUAAUUAUUUAAGUCGAUUACAAGAGGGUGAUACUGUCCUGGUGAAAAUUCGUCCAGGAACUUUUAGAUGGCCUACCAAAAAUGACAGUUUAAUAUUGGUUGGACCUGGUACUGGAGUAGCACCGUUCCGAUCAAUUUUAGCUUAUCGUAAAAAACAAUUGCGUGAUGAGAAAGAAAAUUCAAUAUUAUUUUUUGGAUGUCGAGGAGCUCAGAAAGAUUUUUAUUUCGCUGAAGAAUGGCAAAUAUUGACAGAAGCUCGGAUCAUAACAGCAUUUAGUCGAGAUCAGCAAAAUAAGAUUUACGUACAAAAUAGGAUUGAAGAGUACGGUAACGAAAUAUGGAAUCUGUUAAAAAAUAAUAACGGUUAUCUUUUUAUAGCAGGGAAAGCUGGUGAUAUGCCAGUUGAAGUAACUGCAUGCAUAGAAAAGAUUGCUGAUGAAAACGGUGAAAAUGGUAAACAAUUCAUACAAAUGCUUGAAGCAAAAGGUCGACUACAAUAUGAAACAUGGAAUUGA